AUGCCCCCACUAACAACCCCCCCACCACCACCUACAACGCCCCUCCACCGCAGGGCCAUUGACACCGGCCCCGACCCCGACCUAGACCCCGGCCCCGGCCCCGGCCCCGACGACGGCGACGACCCCACCGCCUCAAACCUCGUCAACAUGUACUUCCUGAUCCUGGCGCUGUUUGCGGUGCUGCUCGUGUGCACGCUGUGGUACUGGCGGCGCAGCAAGCGCAGGGAGGCGCUUGCGUCGCUGGGCGUGCGGCAGACGGCGCUCGUGGCGGAUCUGGAGAUGCGCAGGAGGCGGGGGGAUGAUGGUGGUGGUGGGGGGGAGGAGGGGGAGGGGGAGGCGCCGCCGCCCUAUGUGACGAGGCCGGAGAGGGCCGCUGGGGGGUUGCCGAAAUAUGAGGAGGUUGUUGGUAAUGAGGUGGAGAGGAGGAGUGUCGGUGAAGUGGGAGCGGGAGGGGAGGUGGUCCGGGAGCGGAGGGAGGAUAGUGAGGAUAGUGGUGGUGGUGGGUUGGGUGCUGGUGGUGGUGGAGGGACGGAGGGAGUGGGAGACCGAGAGGGAGAGCGUGGGGUCUCUGUUGCGGUACCGCCGCCUGUUCAUUAA